AUGGCUCCUGACCUCUACUUCGAGCUCUGGCAAGAACUAUGGCCUCAGCAAGUUUCGGGGCAGCCUGCCAUCGACUUGCCUUCACCGCAAAACCCAUAUCCCGAACCUCCCUCUUUAGCUCAAUACAUCAAAGAGAUGUCCCCAACUGAUCAUGACUGGCUCAAUGCCGAAACAAAUGCCAGCCUUCUCGUUGACCAGAUCAAGAGUGAAAGGCAACAAACCGAGGUACAGGUUAAGCCAGCAAACGAGGAACAGGAUGAGACACCAGAGGGAGAAUUGGCGGAGGACGAGUUGGAAGCCAACAAGGCAGGCGCAGAGGACAAUGCUCUCCAAGAUCAUGAACAGCGGCCCAUUCGCUAUCUUGACCUUGGAUCUGCUCCAUCCUUUCGACGGGCCUUAGGGCAUCUCCGAGUCAAUCAAUCGCUUUGCAAAAAUACACGACACUCUAAUGAUACCGCACGCGAGAUCCUACCUGCUUUCAUUAUCCGUGAUGAAUACGUUCGGUUCUAUAGGCAUGCCCUCAAGGCAAUCGAACUCGGUAGGGCUACUUUCUUCCUCACGGGCCAGCCGGGCAUCGGUAAAUCAUUCCAGUGUGAUUACUUUGUCCUGCUCUUGCUCGCCUGCGGUCAAUCCUUUUUUCUCAUCAGAGAAAAGGAAACGGCCUUUUUCUUCUCGGAUGCUGGUGUCGAAAGAUACCGCAUUGCCGACUUCAACAUCAAACAGUACAAUGCCCUAAAUAAAAGCUGGGUUCUCAUUGACGUGGACGAUUCAGACAUAUCCACUUGGACUCCGCUGAGAGUAUUCAAGGAUCGUCUGUGUCUCAUCUGGACCUCGCCGCCGCGGGAACUGCGUCUGCAUUUCAUGCACAACCAGUUCAAUGCAGAGCUGUGGUUCAUGAGGCCGUGGAGUACUGAGGAGAUCGUUGUGGCAACUCAUCUGCGCAACAUGGACCCCGCUACUAUCUCAAGGCGAUAUAAGGUCGUAGGGCCCAUUGCAAGAGAACUAUUUCACGCCAAAGAACCAGAACCCAAGAUGUCUGAUGACGCUGCAAUCGUAAAUGUUCUCCAAGGGAAUUUCUUUCCUUCUGGUGCAACGGAAUUGCUCGACGGAAAUAUCCACCCCAUAUUCAUGAUUACUCCACAACGGAUUGAGUUCCAGCUGGACCGGAAGCAUUUCACAGUCGAUUUUCGAUCGCAUGAGGUUGCUGAUCGCUUUACCAGCAAGGUUCACGAAAGCUUUGAAGGACUACGGGACACGCUGACGGAGGGAUUUUAUUCGCCCGCUACCCGCCUUCUGACCAGAAAAUUGUUCGAAAGUGUCAUUCAUCGCGCGUUGGAGCAGGAUCGUCUGCGGCUUCCCGAUGUCUUUGGCGGUGAUACCGUCGCAACAAUCCUCGGUUCAGCCACCACCUUUGUCCGACGAUUCGACCCGACCGACCUGCCUGUCUACUUGAACCCAGGAGCGCUCGAUUUCGGUGCGGUCGAUGCUAUCGUCGUCACAGAUGACCAUGUUGGGCUGUUGCAGGUCUUCCAGUUCCCAUGA